UGGCGGGGGGAGGGGUGGGGUUUUAGAGGAAGCGGAAGUGUCAGAGCAGGCGGAAGUGGUACUGCCCUGAACACCGUGACCAGCGAGCGGAGGACGGCUUGAUAAACUCCCCAUCGACCAGAGACUAAACCCGGGACUCCUUAGCACGCUCCGAAUCCUAAAAAUGGAUAAGAACGACCUGGUGCAGAAAGCCAAGCUGGCAGAGCAGGCCGAGCGCUACGACGACAUGGCGGCUGCCAUGAAGGCCGUGACGGAGCAGGGCCAGGAGCUGAGCAACGAGGAGCGCAACCUGCUCUCUGUCGCCUACAAGAACGUGGUUGGGGCUCGUCGUUCAUCCUGGCGCGUCAUCUCCAGCAUUGAGCAGAAGACGGAUGGGAGCGAGAAGAAACAGCAGAUGGCACGCGAAUACCGUAUGAAGAUCGAGGCUGAACUCCAAGAAAUCUGCCAGGACGUGCUGAACCUGCUUGGCGAUUACCUCAUUCCCAUAGCAACUCAGGCGGAGAGCAGGGUGUUCUACCUCAAAAUGAAAGGAGACUACUUCAGAUACCUGUCAGAGGUGGCCUCUGGGGACUCAAAGAAGGACACAGUGGAGAACUCUCAGCAGGCCUACCAGGACGCCUUCAACAUCAGCAAGAAGGAGAUGCAGCCAACACACCCCAUCCGGCUGGGCCUGGCCCUGAACUUCUCCGUCUUCUACUACGAAAUCCUCAACUCGCCCGAGCAGGCCUGCUCUCUGGCCAAGCAGGCUUUCGAUGAGGCGAUCGCCGAGCUCGACACCUUGAACGAGGACUCGUACAAAGACAGCACGCUGAUCAUGCAGCUACUAAGGGACAACCUUACUCUGUGGACAUCAGAAAACCAGGGAGACGAGGGCGAGACCGGCGACGGAGAGAACUAGAGCGCACUUCACUGUUAACCCAUCCCCACUCUCUUCCUUCCUUCCUUCCUUCCUUCCUUCCUUUCUUCCUCCUUUUAUCUCUCUUCCUCUUUCUUCUCCUCUUCUUCGUACACAUAAAACAGCCCGUUCAUUCCCUCGUCCCACUUUUUUCAAAGCCCAGCCUCCCAACUUCCCUUCUGUAUAACCAACAGCAUGAAUAGUACCUGACCUUCACGAGCAGAUACGAUGAAAGAGAAAAGGAGAGGGAAUUUAAAAAAAAAAGAAGUCCAUCAGCCCAAACAUCCCUCCGUCCCUCCUUCCACCCUCCCUCUUUAUUAUGGCACUCCGAGGCGGACCAGUAGAGUAAAAGCCACUGGCCGGUCAAGUCUUACAGCACGCAGGGAGGGUUUUUAUCCAGAACCACAAAUUCAGUUCACAUUCCCGUUUUUUUUAGCCUUUUCAUUUAAUCUGUCUCCUCCAUUCCUUCCGUUCUUCCCUCCCUCCUAACCUCCUCUGCCCUCCCCUCCCUCCGCUCUCUAGCGAGUUAAUGCAUUUAUAUAUAUAUAGUUGUCCAUCCCUUCUUCUUUUUUUUGGCUUUUCUUAGUGUACUGGCUGGUUUUAUUCCACUCUAAACAAAACCGACAACAACAAACAAAGGUUAUUAAACUGUCCGUUUAUUUUCAACAAACACUGUGAUGCUUAAGUUUUUCCUCCACCUCGCCGCCAGAUUUGAGUUUGAUGGCAAAAGAAAAUAAAGAAUCAGCUGGGAGGGUGUGUGUGUUUGAACAGCAGUACGAUUCUGCUGAGGUUCAUACAGAAGGGUGCUCCUACAAGGCUGUAUUGUGACACUGACAAAUCUAAAAAAAAACAAACCAAGCGUUUCACCUGCUGCGUGAUCAAAUCACAUUUCUGUUUCACUCUCUAACCCCGAGUUUUAUUUGAUGCCAUUCUCCAGAUUAAAAAAAAAAGGAGCUGAAACUGAUUUGAGAAAUCAUUAAAGACUAAAAAAAAAAACAUUCCAUCUUAAUGUUUGAUCCAAAUAAAGUAAAAAUAAAAACCCGCCUGCUUCCUUUGGAUCCGCCUCCCGUCAAGGUGCUGUCGAACAUCAGUCCAGUCCUCGUCCCUGAACUUUGGUUCAUUUCUUUCUUGUUUUUGCGAUUGCUCUUCGUCUUUAACAGAAAUCAAACUCCGGUUUUUGAAAAAACUGUAAAAUUGUAAAACGUUUUUAGAGCUUAACUGUAAAUCUGUCUUUUGGAGAAAAAGAAUCACAAAAAAACAAACGGUUUGUUGUUGAUGUUAACACCCGCUUGCAAUGGAAACCCUGAAGCCGUUACAGUCAGCUGCUGUUCAGAGCUUUUUCUUUUCUUUCCCUCCUUUUUGCCCCUUUUUACUGCUCGUACCGACAAGUCUACAAGUUUCCGGUCGCUGCUUGAAUGGUCCGACGAGAACGUGUGCCGUCAUCUUAUCACCGUGUGAAUCUACCGCGGAUGGACACCCAACGCAACGUCCCGCUUCUGCAUUGACCAAAUCAAAUUUUAAGGUUAAAACUGUCAAACUGGAGACGGAAAACAAAGGAAGCCGUGAAGCCGAUCGGCCCGUUAUCUACCUGUGGAAGAGUUCAUAAACAUAUUUACGCGUCGGCCUUUUUUGAUAUUUCGACUGCGUUUAGAAAAAGAGAGAACACUCGACUGAUUUCAGAUCUGAUUCUUUAAUAAUUCAAACGUUUGAAGUGGUAAUCCUGCCUGUACUCACUCCUAAAAUCUUAAAAUCCCAAACCAAACUUUAAGAAAUAUCGUCCAACCAACCUGACAGACGAGAAAUAGUUGAAUGAUAGUUUGUUCCUCCGCUCAGUGUCACAAUAACCUUGGCAUUAACCAUCUCGACAUUCCACUCUGUAGGUGUAGAAAAGUCAUGUGUCUCAGUGUUUAUUUGUUUUGUUUUUUUUCUUCUUUUUUUGCUGGGGACAAAAUGUUUUCAUGCACUGACGUUUAAAAGAAAAAAAAAAGGUAAAAGUAAUUAUUCCUCCCUGCCGCUCUUUUUUCUCGUUAGCUGAACAAAAAGGCAGUUACGCUUUCUAAAGGAAAAAAUGAUCCCAUGCAGUAGUGAAUGUGGCACCGAGCCUGUCUGUAUAUCUGGUAUCUCAAAUCAUUUUUUGUUUUUACUGACCAGUAUUCUGCUUAAAAUAAAAAGGAAAAAAAAAAAAAAAUAACCCAAAAAAAAAAACAAAAAAAAAAGUUUGCUUCUGUGACGGUUUUAUUGCUUAGCGCGCACGUGGUUGUGAAAAUUUAGACUUAGCUUAAGGACGCCGAUUAAAAAAUUACCAAAAAACACAAAAAAAACCCUUCGACACUUCCCCUCCCCCAUCCUGGUUAUUGACGUAAUACUAGAUUUGUGUAUGUCUUUUAAAAAAAAAAAAAAAAAAAUCCAACUAGUUUCACCUUACAUGUUAUAAACAGGACAAAAUGUAAAAGACAAUUUAAAGUGAAAUAAAGGUUUUAUCAGUUCCGAA